UCUGAACGCUUAGGCUAUAGGCUUUAAAAAUUGUUUACAGUCUACAGAAUAACUUUAAACAAUGAACUACAUCGUGCUGCUCUGCAUUUUCACGUACAUUUGCCUUUGGCAAUUUACUGAAGCUGCUCCAUAUAUGAGCAUUCAGUCCAGUUCAAGAACCAAGUCCGAGAAAAUGGUAGGUGGCCUAAUGAGAACUCUUUAUGACGUGAACAUUCAGGACAAUGUGGAUGAUUUCACUGGGCAACUGGUUCACAGGCGGCAGGCAGAUUUCAAAUCGGAUUUUUUGAACCCGGAAGACUUAAACGAAUUACAUCGUCAUUUAGCCAUCGUCUAUAAAUAGACGACCCAGCAUAUAAGCAAGUUUGUAAUUUUUUAAGGACUGUUUUCGAGGAUGUAUUCGAAAAAUAGUGUAUUCGUUUUAAUCUAAUUAAUAUUUCAAGUCAUAUACUUUCAAACAUAUUAUAAAUAACCACUCCACAAUUGAUAAAGAUAUGCAUGAAUUUAUCUUAUACAACUAAAAGUUUCACUGGAAACUAAUCAACAAUUUUAAAAACUUAUGUUCUUACCGUUUUCGAAAAAUUCAAAUAUUAAAAUAUUACACUUUCACGAGUAAGAUGCUGCUAUGUUGUAACUCCUAAAAUUAGAAAGUAAGCCUAAUAAAAAGCAGGCGAGAAGACAGAA